CCUACGCAUGUCCUUGGUUCGGCCUUCGUACCAUACCACAUCUCCGUCAACAAGUCCGUAACUAACACGCCAACGGGGCUUUUCGUGGGGCUGCAGAUCGUCUCCAUGGGGUCUGUCGAUCAGCCGCACCGCGUGCAACACGUCAAUUCACCUUGCACCCUCCAAUGAGGGACGGCGGAUUUGAACAUAGUCUCCCUGCAGUUGGUACAAGCCGAUGGAAAUGCGCAAACGUGCCUCGGUCGUCUAAACGGAGAACCAAGAGCGACACAAUACAGGAAUGUACAAGUAGGACCGUGUCCGUGGCAUUGAACUGAUCAUCAUCUUCGUUGCCCUGUUCCAACACAAAGAUCAAAGCGCUAUAGCUCUCGCUUUACUGAGCAGCUCCAGAUUUUUCAAGAUGCAUGCGCUUGCACUUCUACUCUUCUCCGCUUCCACCGUCUCAGCAUACCCAUGGGUAGCCGACCAGCCUGGUGUCGACUCCUCUUUGCUGGGCCGUAACCGCAAUGUGAAGAGGCAGGAUAACUGUCCCUUCAACUCAAAUCAUCAGCCUGCAGCCCCAUACACCGCCCAAUAUCCGUACACAGGUGCACGGAAUGGUCUGCCUGGUACAGGCAAGGGCGGCAUCAAGGUUCCGGCCGACGGUGACACUGCGCACGCCUUCCAGGCUCCUGGACCCAACGAUAUUCGUGGCCCUUGCCCUGGUCUCAACGCUGCUGCCAACCACAAUUUUCUAGCUCACGAUGGUGUCACAACCUUCACCGAGCUUGUCGAUGCUCAGCAGAAUCUGUACAACGUUGGUUGGGAUCUUGCAACCCUCCUGGCUACCCUUGGAGUCGUUGCUGAUGGCGACAUUGUUACCGGAAAGCUCAGCAUUGGCUGUGAUGCCACCUCUCGUACAGCUACACUUGGAGGUUUACUUGGCCGCCAGCCAGGACUGAAUGGACACAACAAGUUCGAGGGCGACUCAUCGCUCACGCGAGACGACUACUUUACCCACAACGGUGACAAUUACUCCUUCAACGGUACCCUCUUCGCUCGGAUGAAGGAUGUCGCAGAUCGUGUGUCGGGUGGCAACUUCGAUCGCAACACACUUGCCGCUUACCGCAGCCAGCGAUACGACGAGUCUGUCCAGGAGAAUCCCAACUUCUUCUUCGGUCCCCUCGCUCUUUUGCUCUACGGCGCAUCCUCCUUCCUGUAUGAGCUGUUUCCCAGCUACGGCCCCGAAGGUGUUCCUGAUUUGAAGACCAUCUCCUCAUUCUUUGGUACCACCCAGGACGCCAACGGCAAUUGGCAGAGAGGCGCUGAGCGCAUCCCAGACAAUUGGCACAACCGUCGCUCAACAUACACCAACAACGACGUCACCCUCGAGAUCCUCGCCCAAUAUGUCCAGUAUCCAAAACUAUUUGGUGGCAAUGUCGGUACGAAUAACUUCGAUGCUCUCUCCACACCCUUCGGUGUCAUUCGUGACGGCAAGCUCCCCGACGCUGCCACUGCUUCCGACGUUCUGUGCUUGCUGUAUCAGCUUGGAACGCAGCCAGUCCCUUCUAGCUUGUCGAUUGUUACUACUCUGCCUUUGUCGCUUCUCAACUGGUCGAUUGGCAAGCUUAACCCAGUAUUCAAGAACGCUGGUUGUGCUCUUCGACCCGACCAGACUGCCCCUCCCGCAUAGUGUAAUUAGGAUAGAGUAGGUAGAAGAGCUUCUGCGCUCUCCCUAUUUCACGUCGAUUUGAGAGUUCGAAUCGAGGAUCAGCUGCUAGC